AUGGUGGAGUUAAAGACUCGUCAUUAUGCUCAAAAACACGAUUUCGAUAAAGAUUUCUCAUGUUACUUGCAAUCGUUCCUGGUGGGUAUUGUUGACAAUUACGUGGGAUAUCACAAUGGACGUGGAAUAGUCACAAGGGUGACCUGCGAUCGAGAUUUGGUGCCAGCUCGAGCCAAAUAUCUUUAUAAUGAAGAAGCCUUAGUUCAUGGAUUAGACAAUGUGUCAUACGAUCUCAAUCAAGGUUUUGAAGCCUAUAUGGAGAUGGAGAAAGACAAAUAUGAAAGGAAACAGCUGGAAGAAAACAGUGCCGAUGAAAGACUUGACAAUUUUUGGAAAUGGAUUAUUAUGGAAGCACCCAAGGGAAGCUCUGUGAAAGAGGUGCUGCAUGAUGCUGACAUUGUAUGCUGUCGUGGGCUGCUGAAACGAAUAGCAAGCACUGUGUAUGUCUGGAGUAGUGCUUGGGAAUUUUCUGCAGUUCGUUUCAAUGACGUGGUUUUUCUUUGUGAACAAGAACGCUAUACAAGCUGGCAUAACGAAUCAAGAGGUCGUCUGGUGCCGCUCUGGUAUCGGGGUCUCAAAUUUGAGCAGUAUAUGACAGUGAAUGGAUUGAAUGAAGAGCCAAGAACAGAUGAGCCUGUCACAUGUGAAGAGCAAGUGGUAGUGUUCCUCGCGACGCUGGGACCCGAGAAUGGGAAUCCCUUGAAGCUAGUUUUCAACGGAAGUAUUGAUGCAAUCAAAGCAGGUUGA